UAUUAUUGCCAACUUGCACUCAGCAGAAAACCAAGGUCAAGAUUAGAAUGACGGUUGAACACCACAAAACCACUUGGUACCACUGCGCUUGCAAAUAAGCGAAUAUUUAUAGUGUUAAGGUUAACAUUAUUUAUACUUAUAAAUAUAUUUAAAAUCAAAAUACAAUGGGUAGUGAAUUCACUAACAGUUUGACUAUGGAUUUCACCGGCUUGAUAGCAGACGACACGUUGUCGAAAUUAAAAUGUGAUGUUUGCAAAAAACAUUUAUCUCAUUUUCCAAUUUGCAUCUCAAUCGACAAGAAAAAUAUCUGUGGUCGUUGUUCAAAAUCUCAAGAAAGUUUAACGAAGAACGAGGUGUAUGAAGAUUUAGCCCAGUUUGUUCAGUUUCCCUGUCAGUAUAAGAAGGAAGGUUGCAAUGAGACAGCUUUCCCAAAAGAUAUCCCGAUACAUGAGGAAAGGUGUGUCUUUCGUGUCAUUAAAUGCCCCACAAAACACUUUACUUCCUGCAACUGGGAAGGAGCACUUCCCACAGCUCUAGCUCAUUGCCAGAAUAAACACAAUGAUCUAAUUCUAAAAGACGGCAAUUUUGAAUUAGAUUUAACAAAAUCGCACAAGAGUGAAAAGUUGCUGGAAUAUGAGUCUGGGGUAUUUAUUGUCGCCCAAAAAUUUUAUUCCAUUAAUAAACUAAUGGAGUGUGCAAUACGUUAUCCUGGGUAUGGGUUUGAUAUUAAAGAAGUUUUGUGUAAGAUAAAUUUUAAAACACCAAAUCGAAAUGUCGAGGUUUGUUGUUACACCACGAGAUUUGAUGAUGACAAAGUUACUGAGAUUUUUUUGGACUCGUUGAGUGAUCGCAGUGAAUCUUCAACUGUAGUAGAGGGAAAAAUUACACUAGAGAAUCAUAUUGACAAGUUGGUUAUCAAUGAACAAAAUGAUGAAUUUUUGGCUUUGUUAAAAUGUUCAUCUUGUCACAGGUUUGCUUUACCACCAAUCUAUGAGGUGGCUUCUAAGACACCAGAACAACAAAAUUUGGUUAAAUGCGCAAAAUGCAAACCACCAUUGGUUACAUUUGGUUCAGCAACCCCGACAGCUGCAAUUUUGCGGAAUAUUGCUUUAGAUAAUCUUGCGAACAAGCUAAUUUUUCCAUGUGAAAAUGAGCCAAAUGGGUGCACAUUUAAAUCCAAACCCUCACAAAUGCGAUAUCAUCAAUUUUCUUGUCCUCGUGGGUCGUACAACUGUCCUGUCGGUGAGUUUGUUGCCUGCAAUUGGAAUGGUUUUGGAACUGAAAUCACAGCCCACAUUGAAGAAACUCACGCUGCUUUGAUCUUGGAAUCGUCAACAGUCACUGAACGUAUUCAAGAUGUCCCAAAUUUGUCUUCUGUCAGUACUUUAAAACCAGAUAAAAAACAACCUAAUGCUUUAAAGGUCCCGAAUAAUUUUACCUUUGGAUCAAUUAGUUUUGUACAAAGAAAUAAUGUUGAAAAUAUGUCAUGUUACAUUAUUAAAUUUUCAAACCGUUUUUUUCGCUUAAACUCUGCUCAGAUUGAAAAAGAAUACCACUGGGCAGUCCAACUAAUAGGUCCGUUUGAAAAAGAUUUUAUGUUUGAAUUAGAAAUAAUAGACGCAAACAGAAAAAAAUCUAGUUUGAUAACAAGACAACCUUGUGGAAGUCUCAUGAAAAAAAAUGACCUAUUUUCAACCAAGAAUUGUUGUUUCAGUUUCAACCAAAUAGCGAAUCUUGUUUGUAAUAGUAUGAUCACGUUUAAUGUGAAGAUUUACAAGUGAUUUGUGCUUAUGAAGUUUUCAGAAUAAACACUCAUUUGCCAAAUUUUUUACUUAUAUUUCUAUAAACAAUAAAUUCAUAUUUAAA